AUGGAGACGAAAAGAAAUUCACGAAAAAGUAUUUAUUUAAUUGGUAAUAGUUCACAUCAACUCGUUGGAUGUAAAUUACCAUCAAAUAGACAAGUUUUAUCGGUAUUAUUUUUUAAUAUUCGAGAAGUUAACUUGAGUGUUCUUGAUAGUGCGCGUUUAGUGAUCGAUGAAACAUUGAUAUUCUGGCAAAAAGCUCGAAUACCUACUAAAGAAGUUCGUAAUUGUUUACCAAAAUUAGAGAAUUUGUACAAUACAUGGCGUAAUUUGCAAAAAAAUUCAAGUCGGCGUACAAAUACUCAGAUAGAUAAAGAAAACAAUUUGUACAAUGUGUUUGAUGAGCUAUUUGAUAUUACUCAUGCAGAUUUAUUAGACAUGAUGACUAUUGAUAUAGACAAGCAGUUUUUAAUAAGUCAAAGACAAAAAGGUCGUCCAGGAUCACUUAUUAGCGUUGAUGUAACUUACCAAAAAGAAGAAUUUAAGCAAUUAAAAAAAUUAAAAGAAUUUGAGAAAAAAAGAAAACAUAAUGAAGAUGAAUUCAAAUUAAUUACUAAUUCUGUUCUACAAGCGACGACACAGAAGAAAGUUUGCCUGAUGAUUUUGUAUACAAUGAUGACUUCAGUAAUUUGUUUGAUGGCAAUGUUAAAAAAACUAAAGAUCAAACAUUAAAUUUAGAAGAUAUUAAUUUUUCACCGGGUCCGUCUAAUGAAACUAAUGUUUUGCCAAUAUCAAGCUCCAUAAAACAAAGAGGUACAAUAGACAUAAUGACUGUAAAGUUAUCUUCAGCAUUAGAUUGGUGCAAAAUAAGCGACCGAGACGCAGUGCACAUUAUAAUUGCAGCGGCUGAAUCAUUAGAACAUGAUGUCAAUGAUAUCAUAGUUAAUAGGUUAUCAAUUAAACAACACCGUGAAAAAAUAUGUUAGAAUUUAGCUACAGAAAUUUGCGACAAAUUUUCUGUGAUUAAUCUCAAUACCUUAGUUUUACAUUGGGACGGCAAAUUAUUACCUGAUUUAUGUAGUAAACAAAUAGUUGAUAGACUACCUAUAAUUAUUUCAAAUAAUGGAAAUGACCAACUAUUAGCAGUACCAAAGUUGUUAAACGGAACUUCUAAAUCACAGGCUGAGGCUAUAUAUCAAAGGUUGGUCGAUUGAGGUUUAACAAACCACGUAAAAGCUAUGUGUUUUGAUACUACAGCCACUAAC